AUGACAACAGUUUCGCGUGCAGAAUAUUUAAAGAAAUAUACAACAAAUUUAUCAGAAAAACCAAAAAAGAGCAAAUCAAAAACUAAAAAAUCAACAAAUUCGAAUGUUGGAAUGCGUUUACUUGAUGAAGACACGUUUAUUCGAAGCAAACCGGGGACUAGUAGAAAUAAAUUAGAGGACGAAUUUGAGGAAGAGGAUGACGAGGAAAUGGAUGAUGUUGAAAGAGCAAUUCGUUUAUUGAAUAGAAAGGCAGAACUUACACGUAAAAAUAAGAAAGAAGAUGCACCAGUUUUUAAAAGUGAUGGAUUUGUUGUUAUUCAAGGGCCACCUGACGACCCAGAUGAAGAAAAAUCACCAAACUCUGCCUCUAUCUUAAAAAAAGAUAUUAAGGAAGAAAUUGAUGAAGAAAAUAUUGAUCAAGAAGAGCCUUCAAAAAAGCGAAGAAAAAUGGACGAUGGCCGAAAAGCUGGACUUUUGAGUAAAGAAGUUGCAAAAGAAGAAAUUCAAAAAAUGCGUGAACGUGGCCAAAAGGAAAAAGCCCAAGCAGACGAACAAGGCCGUGAUGCUGAAACUCGCAAACGAGUGACAGGUUUUGACAGAGGAAGAAGGGGCAGAAGAGAAGAAGAAAAUUCUGAAGAAAAAAAGGCUAGAGAAGCUCGAGAAGCUGCAAAGCAAGCAGAAAUGGAGAAAAAAUAUUCUCUAUGGAAUAAAGGAAUAGCUCAAAUAAAAGAACGAGAAGAAAAAUUGGAUGAAAUGGAACAAGUUUUGGGGGAAGGAUUUACAAGGCAUAAAGACGAUGAAGCUUUAAAUGAACAUUUAAAAACACAAUUACAUUCAGAAGAUCCUAUGGCCGAAUAUUUUCGUGUUAAAAAUCAUAAAAUACAAAUGAGGACAGGAAUUGUUUAUCCAACAUAUAAAGGCCAAUGCCCACCAAAUCGUUAUGAAAUUAAACCAGGUUAUAGAUGGGAUGGUGUUGAUCGUUCUAAUGGUUUUGAAUCAAAAAUGUCUUUGGAAAAGAAUAAAAAGAUUGCGCAUAAAGAAUUAACGUAUCGAUCUAUUGCUGAAUGUGAAUAAUUUGUUUGUGUGAGGUUUUUUUAAUUUUCUUUUAAUUUUUAUAUUCAAAAAUAAUUUAAAUAAAUACUUUUUUCGAUUAAUUAUAUUUUUACUUAAAUUUAGUGAAAAUUAGGAUGGGUUUUUAACUUUGUGGUAGGGUCUCGUUUAUCCAGGGAAAAUUUUCGAGUGGACUAGUUCAGUUAUCUUUCGUAAGUUUGUACAUAUGUCUGGAUAAAAGACCUAGACGUAAUAUAGAUCAAAAAUCCUUGUUA